AUUUUUUUCGAGCUGCCAUUCCUCUUUCCGUUUUCGACCUCGUCCACUUCCUUCAACUCUGCCUUCACAAAAAUGACACUCCGCAACAACGCCAAUAUCGAUGUGCACAUCCAUGUGCUUCCUCCCAGCUUCCAGAAGGCUCUGCAAGCUAAUGGGGGUGAUCCUACGGGUUGGCCGGUGCCGUCGUGGACAUCGGAUGAGUGCAAAGAUUUUUGCGACUCGGUACAGACCUCUUUUGCCGUGCUCUCAGUGACUGCCCCUGGUGCUUCACUCUUCGGACCCACUGCAGCUGGACGGGACCUAGCUCGGACAAUGAACGAAGAGGUUGCGGAAAUAUGCCUUUCAAGCGAUGGGCGAUUUGGCUUUUUUGCUUCGUUACCUGAUUGGAACGAUGUUGAGGGCACAUUGAUAGAGAUCAAGCGGAUCUUUGGCUCGGCGCAAGCUCAAGCUCAAGCCCAAGCUCGUGGCGUGAUCGCCAUGUCUUCAUAUGGAAACAAGCUCGCUGGUGACGCAGCUUUUAAGCCCAUUUGGGAUGCAUUGAAUGAAGAACGAGCUCUGGUGCUUUUGCACCCAACCGACAUGGUUCUAAAGCCUACCCAAAUCUCCGACUUUCUUCCCCAACCAGUGGUCGAUUUCCCGCAAGCCACCACGCGGGCCGUGGCUUCUCUUAUAUAUGGUGGGGUGCUGAAGUCGUGCGCGCAGGUGGACAUCAUCCUUAGCCACGCCGGUGGCACCUUCCCCUUUCUCGCCGAAAGGAUUCUUGGCGCGCUUUCCGUGCCCGCCCUCUCUGCGGCAGCAGGUAUCGAUGCAGAAGAGGGAAGAGCCCUUGCGUCGCGAUUUUACUACGAUGUGGCCCUAGCCACGAGCCCUGCACAGCUGAAAGCACUUUUGGCAACAACCACCGCUGACCACAUACUUUUUGGGACCGACUUUCCAUACGCGCCUACACCCUUUAUACACCGCGGUUUCAAGCGGUAUGCGACCUUUGUCCGACAAGAGCCAGAGGGCAGUCAAUUGUCUCCGGAGCAGCUCAGCGCGAACGCUGUUGCACUUUUCGCGAAGCACAAUCGCAGCAAUUUGCCCGCACCUUCGACGAGUCUUUUCUCGUCGAAUGCCUCCAAAAGCGAUUCUAUCGAGGCGGCAGAGGCGCGUAAGAUGCUCUUUCAGCAAAUGUAGUGAGGCGUAACGCUCUGCGACAGUUUGAAGAGCUUCGGGGCAGCGUAAUUUUGGGAACCUUCCAAUUUUAUUAUCUACAGUAUGUAUUGAUAUGUCCUUAGUUCACAAAUAGCUUAUAUCAGUUCCUACACUUCCGUCGAUCGGCCUUCCUAGUGGAUGGACCAAGCCACCUUGCUAAAAGAACCUCGGCUCUCGAAGAGGAGAAAUCCGGAUGCAUCCUCUGCAUACGACUCUGAUUCUGAGGCUAACAAAACUCCUCCCGUCAACUGCUCCGCCAUGUCGUGGGCAACUUUGCCAGGCACAAAGAAGGUCUUUUCAGGCGCAAAGAUGUGCCGUUGUCUCUCCAUUCUAAGUGACACAGGACUAGGCUUUCAAUCAGGUCAACUUUUUCUUUCUCUUUUUUCUUUCUCUUUUUCUUUCCUUCUAAUACGAGGCUUUACAAUAUGUCUAGUCAAGCACU